UUCGUCAACAUGGCGAUGAGCUGUCAUCCAUCGCGCCGACACACACAUAGUUACUUCGAGAUGGUACGGGCGACGAUGAGCGGGCAGCGAGUGCUUCCACUCCAUCAAUAAAAAAAAACGUUUUUGUUGUUUUCAGCCUGGGUGCUAGGCGUUGAGGAGGACUUUGGUGCACUAUGUCUCUACUUUGUGUGAGAGUUAAGAAAGCCAGCCUUAGCGGACCUCCAGAUAAAUUUAACACUUAUGUGACACUGAAAGUACAGAAUGUAAAAAGUACUACAAUAGCAGUACGAGGAGAUCAGCCUUGUUGGGAGCAAGACUUCAUGUUCGAGAUUAGCCGUUUGGAACUUGGGUUGAUUGUUGAGGUCUGGAACAAAGGACUAAUUUGGGAUACAAUGGUGGGCAAUGUGUGGAUACCACUGAAGUGCAUUCGACAGUCUGAUGAGGAAGGGCCAGGAGAUUGGUCAACAUUGGACGCAGAGGUUUUAAUGAAGGAAGAUGAAAUAUGUGGAACCAAAAGUCCAACUCCACACAAAAUCCUAUUAGACACCCGUUUUGAAUUGCCUUUUGAUAUCCCAGAAGAAGAAGCAAAAUAUUGGACUCAGAAACUAGAGCAGUUAAAUGCACUGAAGGGCCAUGAUGAGUAUUCAAUCAGUGAAGAAGUGCAGAAGAAAUCUUUACCAGUUGCUCCCUCACAGUGUUCAUUUGAAGAUCCUGAUAGUGCUGUUGAUGAUAGAGAUAGCGAUUAUCGUAGCGAGACCAGUAACAGCAUUCCACCACCCUACCAUACCACUUCCCAACCCAAUGCAUCUGUACAUCAGUUUCCAGUUACAUCACGGCCACAGCUCCAAGAAGGUUCACGGGACUCGUAUACUGAUUCAAUUCAAAGCUCUGAAUUAGAUUAUCGUGACAAAAAAGGAAUGAGCCCUGCAGGAAGUAGUAGAUAUGGCUCAUCAGGAAACCUCAGCCAAGGCAGUUCUCAGCUUAGUGAAUUUGAUCAUGACAAUGAGAGCAUCCAUGGGUCUGGAAUGGAUGACAAGCGAGAUCAAGAGUCAUAUCAUUCUCAUCACAGCUCAGGAAGUCUAAGACAAGAUACCCAGGAAUGGUACAGUGAAGAUGAUGGGCAACAGAAACAUUUCAAUGAACACAAGCAAGUUGAGCAUCGUCAAGCUUCUGAAAAAGUUGAUGAAACUGCAGAUGAGAUUCCCAUCAACAGUAUUUCCCCACAACUCGAGAUUACUAAACUGAAUGACAGCUAUGAUGAAGUUGGUACACCUCCAUUUUCCCCUGCCCGAGCACGCUGGAUUCGAGUUAUCAACAAAGUUCGAAUACAAAUUCAAGAGGCUCAACUUGGAGGUGAUGGAGACCCUUCAAAGACACCUUGGUUUAAAGGAGGAACUGGAGGCGGAUUGUAUGGUAUUGACAGUAUGCCAGACCUGCGGAAAAAAAAACCAAUCCCACUUGUUAGUGAUCUGUCACUUGUGCAGUCAAGAAAAGCUGGCAUUACCUCUGCAAUGGCUACUCGCACGUCUCUAAAAGAUGAAGAACUGAAAAAUCAUGUUUAUAAAAAGACCCUCCAAGCCUUAAUUUACCCUAUUUCUUGUACCACACCCCACAAUUUUGAGGUCUGGACUGCCACCACACCUACAUACUGCUAUGAAUGUGAGGGCUUACUAUGGGGUAUUGCUCGUCAGGGAAUGAGGUGCACUGAAUGUGGGGUAAAAUGCCAUGAAAAGUGCCAAGAUCUCCUAAAUGCAGAUUGUUUACAACGUGCAGCUGAAAAAAGCUCCAAGCAUGGUGCAGAAGACAGAACACAAAAUAUUAUCAUGGCAAUGAAAGACAGGAUGAAAAUCCGAGAACGGAACAAGCCAGAAAUCUUUGAACUCAUCAGAGAUGUCUUUGGAGUGAUAAAAGUUACACAUGCACAGCAAAUGAAGACCAUCAAACAAAGUGUACUUGAUGGAACAUCUAAGUGGUCAGCAAAGAUUACUAUAACUGUGGUAUGUGCUCAGGGACUUCAAGCAAAGGAUAAAACUGGCUCCAGUGACCCAUAUGUCACUGUUCAGGUUGGCAAAACCAAGAAGAGAACGAAGACUAUCUAUGGAAACCUAAAUCCUGUGUGGGAAGAGAAAUUUUAUUUUGAAUGCCAUAAUUCCUCUGAUCGAAUCAAAGUACGAGUGUGGGAUGAGGAUGAUGACAUUAAAUCACGUGUCAAACAGAGGCUAAAACGAGAAUCUGAUGAUUUCUUAGGGCAAACAAUCAUUGAGGUUCGGACGCUAAGUGGUGAAAUGGAUGUCUGGUAUAAUCUGGAAAAAAGAACGGAUAAAUCUGCAGUCUCGGGUGCUAUUCGACUGCAAAUCAGUGUUGAAAUCAAAGGUGAAGAAAAGGUUGCCCCCUAUCACAUCCAGUAUACUUGUCUGCAUGAAAACCUUUUCCACUCUCUCACAGACCUUCAGAGUAGUGGUGUUGUGAAAAUACCAGAUGCAAAAGGUGAUGAUGCAUGGAAGGUUUAUUUUGAUGAGACUGCACAAGAAAUAGUAGAUGAGUUUGCGAUGCGUUAUGGAAUAGAAUCCAUUUAUCAGGCAAUGACGCAUUUUGCUUGUUUGUCAUCUAAAUACAUGUGCCCUGGAGUGCCAGCAGUAAUGAGCACCUUGUUAGCCAAUAUCAAUGCAUACUAUGCACACACCACUGCCUCUACCAAUGUAUCUGCCUCUGAUCGCUUUGCUGCAUCAAAUUUUGGGAAAGAAAGAUUUGUGAAACUACUGGAUCAACUACACAAUUCACUUCGCAUUGACCUCUCUAUGUAUAGGAACAAUUUUCCAGCAAGUAGCCCUGAGCGGUUGCAAGAUUUGAAAUCCACAGUAGAUCUCCUGACCAGCAUAACAUUCUUCAGGAUGAAGGUACAAGAAUUGCAGAGCCCACCACGAGCCAGUCAAGUCGUGAAGGACUGUGUGAAAGCUUGCCUCAAUUCAACCUAUGAAUAUAUUUUCAACAAUUGCCAUGAACUGUACAGUCGCGAAUAUCAAACUGAUCCCAACAAAAAACAGGAACUGCCUCCUGAGGAGCAGGGACCAAGUAUAAAGAAUUUGGAUUUUUGGCCUAAGCUUAUCACUCUUAUCGUCUCUAUUAUUGAAGAAGAUAAGAAUUCAUAUACACCAGUUCUUAAUCAAUUUCCUCAGGAACUUAACGUUGGAAAGAUAAGUGCAGAGGUAAUGUGGAAUUUAUAUGCGCAGGACAUGAAAUAUGCUAUGGAAGAGCAUGAGAAGCACAGGCUCUGCAAAAGUGCAGAUUACAUGAACUUACACUUCAAAGUGAAAUGGCUGUAUAAUGAAUAUGUGAGAGAUCUUCCAGCUAUGAAAGAGACUGUACCUGAAUAUCCAGCGUGGUUUGAACAAUUUGUAAUGCAGUGGUUGGAUGAGAAUGAGGAGGUUUCAUUAGAAUUCCUACAUGGAGCUCUUGAGAGAGAUAAAAAAGAUGGGUUCCAGCAAACAUCUGAGCAUGCUUUAUUCUCCUGCUCGGUGGUGGAUGUGUUCACACAAUUAAAUCAGAGUUUUGAGAUUAUCAAGAAACUCGAGUGUCCUGAUCCAGAGAUUGUUGCUCAUUACAUGAGACGAUUUGCAAAGACAAUAAGCAAAGUGCUGCUACAGUAUGCCGACAUUAUUUUGAAGAACUUUAAGAGCUACUGUUCGAAGGAGACACUACCUUGUAUUCUGAUGAAUAAUGUACAACAACUGCGGGUUCAGCUGGAAAAGAUGUUUGAAGCUAUGGGUGGAAAAGAGCUGGAUUCUGAGGCAAGUGACAGUCUAAAAGAUCUACAAGUGAAACUUAAUAAUGUUCUUGAUGAUCUCAGCGAUGUUUUUGGUGUUAGUUUCCAGCCUCGCCUUGAUGAGUGUGUAAAACAGAUGGGAGAUAUCCUCAGCCAGGUCAAAGGGACUGGGAAUGUGCCUGCUAAUGCUCGUAAUAGUGUGGCUCAGGAUGCUGAUAAUGUGCUUGGACCAUUAAUGGACUUCUUGGAUGGCAACCUGACAUUGUUUGCAAAAGUCUGUGAAAAGACAGUGUUGAAACGAGUUCUCAAGGAACUGUGGAAAAUUGUGGUGAACACAAUAGAAAGGACUAUUGUGCUGCCUCCUCUCACUGAUCAAUCGGGAACACAGCUGAUUUUCACUGCUGCUAAAGAACUGGGGCAGUUAUCAAAACUGAAGGAUCAUAUGGUUCGGGAAGAAGCCAAAAGCCUUACACCAAAACAAUGUGCUAUUAUGGAUUUAGCACUUGAUACAAUUAAGCAAUACUUCCAUGCUGGUGGAAAUGGUCUGAAAAAAACUUUCCUGGAGAAGAGUCCAGACCUUCAGUCCUUGCGAUAUGCACUCUCACUCUACACUCAAACCACAGAUACCCUCAUCAAAACAUUCGUCCAGUCUCAGACUGCUCAGGGCUCUGGUGUGGAUGACCCAGUGGGUGAAGUCUCCAUACAAAUUGAUCUUUUCACCCAUCCAGGAACAGGCGAGCAUAAGGUAACAGUGAAAGUGGUAGCAGCCAAUGAUCUAAAAUGGCAGACAAAUGGUAUGUUUCGGCCAUUUGUUGAGGUCACGAUGAUUGGACCACAUCUCAGUGACAAGAAAAGGAAGUUUACCACUAAAUCGAAGAGCAACAACUGGGCUCCAAAAUACAAUGAGACAUUUCACUUUAUAUUGGGUAAUGAGGAUGGUCCAGACUCAUAUGAACUGCAAGUCUGUGUGAAGGAUUAUUGCUUUGCCAGAGAAGAUCGUAUUAUUGGGAUUGCUUUAAUACAGCUACGAGAUAUUGCAGAAAAAGGCAGUUGUGCUUGCUGGUGUCCACUGGGCCGCAGAAUGCAUAUGGAUGAGACAGGACUAACUGUUCUUCGUAUACUAUCACAAAGAACCAAUGAUGAAGUAGCAAAAGAAUUUGUCAAACUGAAAUCUGAAUCACGAUCUGCUGAAGAAAGCAGUUGAAUCUUGGAUUUUGCGAGGAUUGUUUCUUUAUUUCAAUGCCAUUGGCCAUUGCAUUUUUUUUGGU